AUGAAUCUGUGGGGUUCAGCUGACCUGGGCAAGGCUGACUUGCGUAUCUGCAGUGACCUGUGGUGGGACCAGGAAACCUACCAUCGAGAGAACAGCUUUUCUAGCCAGGAGGCCUCCCGACAACUUUUUAGGCGCUUUUGUUACCAAGAGACUCCUGGGUCCCGCGAGGCGCUGAGCUAGCUCCGGGAGCUCUGCCGUCAGUGGCUGCGGCCCGAGACGCACAGCAAGGAGCAGAUCGUGGAGCUGCUGGUGCUGGAGCAGUUCCUGACCAUCCUGCCCGAGGAGCUGCAGGCCCGGGUGCGGGAGCAGCAUCCAGAGAGCAGAGAGCAGGCGGUGGCUGUGGCUGAAGAUCUGGAGAGGGAGCUUAAUGAGCCUGAGAACCAGGCCCCAGAUCACGAGCAUGGCCGUUCUGAGGCGCUCUCAGAGGAUGUGCUGCAUUUGAAGGCCAAGCAGGACUCGAUAGCCAUCCAACUUCAGUCCGUGCAGCUCAAAGGUGAAUCUUUGGGUCCCCCCAGAUUUGUAGAACAGGGUGGUGAAAGCCAGGAGUUGGCACUGAGGCAAGGAGUCUUGAAGGACAUGGAACAUUCUGGAAAUAGCAGACUCCGGGGAGAUGCUCCUCUAGAUUGCACGUACGGAGAACCUUGUGCACAGGGGAGCAGAGUGGAAAAGCAGAGGGCGCAGGCCCCUGGCGAGACUCGGCGCAGGCGCAGGGAGCGUGGGAAAGGCCUACCCAGAGCCCAUCCUCACUCAGCACCGCGAACCCACACGGGGGAGGAGCCCUGCGAGUGCGCAGGACGCGGGAAGGCCUUCAGCCGCGGGCCGCACGGGGGGGGGGAGAGCCCUGCGGGUGAGAGGAGCGCGGCCAGGCCUUCCGCGCUAGCAGCGGCCUCGUCAGACACGGGGGAGGCCGCCCGGGGCCGAGGCCGACCGAGUGCGACGCGUGGGAGCGCCUUCCGCCUGAGCUCAGGCCUCGGGCCGCGGCACCGGACCCACGCGGGGGAGGCGCUGUCGGUGUCACGCGUGCGGCAAGGCCUUCGGCCAGAACGCGGGCCCGUUGCGGGCCUGUUGCGGGCCUGCGCUUCCACGCGGGGAACGAGCCCCGUCCGCGCGGCCAGUGCGCAAGCGCAGUAG